AUGUAUGAGAGUUUCAACUGCCACGCAUCUACAUUAGAAGUUGGUAUUGUCAGUAGUAUUUUUAGUCAUUUAAUAGUGGAGAAACCAGAACUGGAGGAGCAGCCAGAAUGCAGAGAAGAAAAAAGAGGUUCUCUGCAUGUUUGGAAGUGGGAAUUGGUUGAAGUUGAAGAUGAUGUGUAUCUGAGGCACAGCUCUUCCCUGACUUAUAGGCUUUGACACUGCUGUUGAGGUUUGACUCGAAGCCCAGAGUUUUGGUGUGGAUGAGCAGGGACAAAUUGCUGAGCGUGAAGAAGAGUAAAAUUAAGCAAGUGGAACAUAUGCCCUUUGCCUCUGCUCUGCACAGUGAAAUGAGAAGUCAACCUUUGAACAUGUGUGUGUAUCUCUCAUUUUCCCAAACAGGAUCAACCCACCAUGAUUUAUGAAUUCACCACUUUCUUAGAGGCUUCCUUUCUUUUUUAUUAGAUCCUCCUUUGAGAGCAUCUAGGGUCCUAUCAAAGAGGGAAGUGACUUCAAGCAAAUCCACACUCAGACGUGAAUUAACAAUGGCUACCAAGCACA